AGAUUCUGAAAAAAAUGGAAAGCGAAGUGAGAACACACCAUAAAAUCCCCGCGGAUCGUCAGUUUGCUGUGCUGCACCUGCCAGGAAGGGACCCCAGUGGCAAAGACUGCCAUAGAAUUAACUUCAACGUUGCCGGGGAAGUUAAUGCUUAUUGCAACUUUGCCCCCUCGUUCACAGAAAUAACGAAUUUAAAGGGCAAGGAAGAGGUAACAAGACAUUCUGAGUGGCAGUUGAUCCACACGGCACUCAGACCCAUGCUCGAGAAAUGGAAGGAGGAACAAGCCGGAGGAAAUGCUAAUAUGAUCAGAGCUAAAAGAGCCAAAAACCAGAAUAAGAAACUCAAUAAGCAGAUUCCCAACAAGAAAAAAGUCGAAUGCCCCAAGGAGGUGUAUCUCUACACAUUCAACGCUCCGGACCAUCAUGCUCAGUGGGCAAAGGUUGGCUACACUUGCACCCUUGCGAUUGUCAACAAAAUCCCAGAAAUCUUCGAGGAGGCCAACUGUGAAAAGCCAAACAUCGUCGUGGGAUUUUCUCAGGUAUUAGAUCAAUUCAAAGAAAGUGCAUGGACGGUUGCGCGAGCAUGCAUUUCUCAGGGUAUGCGAGUAUAACCUGGAGAACGGAUGCGCACAUUGGAUACCUGCGACAAAGUAACAGGUUACGAUCGCAAGAAAGGAUAGUCCGCGCCGCAGUGCCGUGUCGUGACGAAGGACUCGUGUGGCCUUCCUGCGGUGCAUCAAGAGGCUCCCUGGGUCACGGCAAGGCAAGCGGUGCAAGACGGACUUGCUCGGUAAAAGGACCCGGAAUGUGUCGGUCCUCAAGCUAGGACUGGAUUUGAUCUUUUGGUUUCAUUCACUUUUUGUGUUGCUUCUUGGCGAAGAAAAUUCAAGCUUGCUGAUUCUUGUUUUCCUUCAGCAGAAUUACAUUACACUCACGCACAGACAGU